UGGAGAACAGCUUUGAUAAACGUUGCUCUAGCAGAGCUUUGGACUUCCAAAUAAGGUCGUAGCAGUCAGAAAACACUGCUGAAUAAAUCAACAUGAAGAUUCUAGGCCUUCUUCUGUUGGCCGUUUUGGUGAGAUCUCAACUUCCAAACAUAUGCGGAGAUGAUGUGUGCCACAGAUAUGCCUCGUGUGUUGGCGGGAGAUGCGAGUGCAACGAAAAUUAUGAAGGGGAUGGAAAGGAUUGUAGAGGAAUUAAAAUUUGUGGUGGCACACGAGAUGAUUGCCACAGAGAUGCUUCGUGUACAGACACAGGACCUGGAACGUAUCAGUGUACCUGUAAUGAGGGCUUUACAGGAGAUGGGAAGUCAUGUUCAGUAUCUGGUGAAGCCGGUGAAGGACAAUGCCAGAAAGCAGAUAUCAUUUUUGUAUUGGACAGGUCUUCUAGUAUACGAACAUCUGAUUAUGAUUUAAUGCGAAAGUUUGUAAUUGAUCUUGCGAAAAAAUUAAGGGUCGGAGAACGGAAUAGUGAAGGCGAAGUUGUGGGGCAAGCAGCGGUUGUGACCUUCAGUGAGCGAGGAACCGUGAGAAUAAACUUAAAACGUAGUCAAACUCCUGGGCGUUUUGAAAACGUUGUGAAUAAUAUGCCUGGACCGAUGUCAGGUGGUCGAACGAAAACUCACAGAGGUUUAGACAUCGCUGAUAAACAAAUCGUCACUAAAAGGGCUGGAUAUCGUGAGGAUGAUCCUGAUGUGGCAAAAAUCUUCAUGGUUAUUACAGAUGGUAAACAAACGCGUGAAUCUCGACGGCGGGGUUAUAAAUAUGUCAAGGAAGCCAUGCAGCCAUUCUUUAAUCGUGAUAUGAAUGUAUUUUCGGUGGGUGUUGGUUUGAACGAUGAUAGUGCAAAACAACAAGUAAGAGAUAUGGUUCAAGUAAGAAGUAAUGCGAUUCUGGCAAAAGACUUCAAAGAGUUAAGCGAAACAGUGAACAAAUUUAUACAGAAAUUUUGUCCAGUUCCUUCGAUAUGCGGUGGAAGUGACGACUGUGCUCCGCAAGCGAGCUGCGAAGAUACUGAUCCUGGAGAGUACCAGUGCACAUGUCAGGAAGGCUAUAGUGGAAAUGGAAAGCUUUGCAUCAUUCCUCCCAUAUGCGGUUCUGAAAGAGAUGACUGUCAUCCAUUCUUCGCAACCUGUUCAGAUACCGGACCAAAUAAACAUGAAUGCGAAUGUAUAACGGGAUACAAAGGCGAUGGCAAGACAUGCAUAGCGGAUAAAGUAUGCGGUACUCCGAAGGAUGACUGCCAUGAAUAUGCGACGUGUACAGAUCUGGGAGCUGGAGAUUACGAAUGCAAAUGUAAUCUCGGAUACUCUGGAGAUGGAAAAACGUGUAUAGCCAUUGUUAUUGGAUUCGACAGCCUUACUUACGACGUAAACGAAGGAGAUAAAAAAGCAGUUGUUCAAAUUUCUGUUCAGUCAGGAGUAAUAACGUCACCUUUGACACUUCAACUCGACACACGACCUGGUACAGCUGGAGGGGCAGACUUCACUGGUGUGUCUAGAACCAUUACAAUUCCCCCUGGCGAAUCCGGCCCUAUAUCAGUCGAAAUUGAUGUUGAAGAUGAUACGCAAAUCGAAUCUACCGAAGCAUUUCAAGUUGCUCUAAGUGAUCCGUCUUAUGGCGUACAAGUCGGUCAGCCUGCAUCAGUGAAUAUUCUUGAUAAUGACGAGGCGGUUAUUGCAUUCACUAAAAGUGUAGUUGACGUCAGGGAAGAUCAAACCGCGGUAAUGGAGAUUGGCUUCACAUCAGGUUCCGCCAGCUCGCCUGUCACUGUCACUUUGGCCACAAACACCGGAUCAGCAUCCGAUGAGGAUUUCAAAGAGAAAACAGUCGAUGUUGUAUUCGAAGCUGGGGAAACGGGUCCAAAGCUUGUGGAAUUUGAUAUCGUUGAUGAUUCCUUGGUAGAAGAUACAGAAUCGUUCACAGUGUCUAUCGUUUCAUCUUCUUUAUCUGCUGUAAAACCUGGAGAACCCUCAACAGUCAAUAUUUUGGAUAAUGAUGAAGCGGUUAUUGCAUUCACUAAAAGUGUUGUUGACGUCAGAGAAGAUCAAACCGCGACAAUGGAGAUUGGCUUCACAUCAGGUUCCGCCAGUAUGCCUGUGACUGUCACUUUGGCCACAAAUACCGGAACAGCAUCUGAUAAGGAUUUCAAAGAGAAAACAGUUGAUGUUGUAUUCCAACCUGGGGAAACGGGUCCAAAGGUUGUAGAAUUUGAAAUCAUUGAUGAUCUCAUAGUGGAAAACACCGAGUCCUUCACAGUAUCUUUGGAGUCAUCUUUAGUAUCUGCUGUUAAACUUGGAGAACCAUCAACAGUAAAUAUUCUGGAUAAUGACGAGGCGGUUAUUGCAUUCACUAAAAGUGUUGUUGACGUCAGAGAAGAUCAAACCGCGGUAAUGGAAAUUGGCUUCACAUCUGGUUCCGCCAGUAUGCCUGUCCUUGUCGCUUUGGGUACAAAUACUGGAACAGCAUCUGACGGGGAUUUCCAAGGAAAAACUGUUGAAGUUAUGUUCCAACCUGGGGAAACUGGUCCAAAAGUUGUAGAAUUUGAAAUCGUUGAUGAUCUCAUAGUGGAAAAUACAGAGUCCUUCACAGUAUCGAUGGAGUCAUUUUCAGUAUCUGCUGUUAAAGUUGGAGGACCAUCAACAGUAAAUAUUCUGGAUAAUGACGAGGCGGUUAUUGCAUUCACUAAAAGUGUAGUUGACGUCAGAGAAGAUCAAACCGCGGUAAUGGAAAUUGGCUUCACAUCAGGUUCCGCCAGUAUGCCUGUGACUGUCACCUUAGCCACAAAUACUGGGACAGCAAGUGGUACGGAUUUCAAAGAGAAGACAGUUGAUGUUGUAUUCCAAGCUGGGGAAACGGGUCCAAAAGUUGUGGAAUUUGAAAUCGUUGAUGAUUCUUUGGUGGAAAAAACCGAGUCGUUUACGGUAUCUUUGGAGAGAUCUUCUGUGUCUGAUGUAAAACUUGGAGAACCAUCAAGAGUAAAUAUUCUGGAUAAUGACGAAGCGGUUAUUGCAUUCACUAAACGUGUAGUUGACGUCAGAGAAGAUCAAACCGCCGAAAUGGAAAUUGGCUUCACAUCUGGUUCCGCCAGUUCGCCUGUGACUGUCACUUUGACCACAAGUACUGGGUCAGCAAGUAGCGAGGAUUUCAAAGAGAAAACAAUUGAUGUUGUAUUCGAAGCUGGGGAAACGGGUCCAAAGGUUGUCGAAUUUGAAAUCAUUGAUGAUUCCUUGGUAGAAAAUACUGAAUCCUUCACAGUAUCUUUGGAAUCAACUGCAUCUGCUGUUAAACUUGGAGAACCGUCGUCAGUCAAUAUUUUGGAUAAUGAUGAGGCUGUUAUUGGAUUUACUAGUCAAACUUACAAUGUUCCAGAACAUCAGAAUGCUCAAAUUGAAGUAGGAUUCUUGAAAGGUGGAGCAGCGGUACCUGUUACUGUCCGGCUUUCGACUGUCCCAAGCACCGCUACUGCUGAAGAUUUUGUUCCAAAAACAAUAGACGUGACGUUUGCACCUGGAGAGACCGGACCAAAACAAGUUGAGAUUGAAAUAGUUGAUGAUCCAAAGGUUGAGUCGACAGAAGAAUUUAAAGUUAAAGUGGAAUCUUUGCAUCCCGCUGUGAAAGGAGGAGAUGAUUCAGUUGUAAACAUUUUAGAUAAUGACGAAACAACGGUCAAUUUCAUUGAGGGAACCUACGACGUGAAAGAGGAUGAAGAUGCAGUUAUUGAAGUUAAACUUUCCUCAAGUAUUCCAGUACCCGUCACCGUGACCCUGAAGACAGAACCGUUAACUGCUGGAAAUACCGAUUUUGUUCCAACGAUUGUGGAAGUAACCUUUGAAGCAGGGGAAACUGGUCCCAAAAGAAUUACGAUACCCGUUAUAGAUGAUGAUUUGGUGGAACCAACGGAAGAAUUUAAAGUCAACUUAAUUUCCUCGUCUGUGCCAACUGUCAAACUGGGUGAACCUACUUCAGUUAAUAUACAUCUCCAGGAUAAUGAUGAUGCUGUUAUUGGCUUUACAAAACGUACUUAUGACGUGAUUGAAAGUGAAAACGCCAUAGUUGAGGUUGGAGUUGCUUCAGGUCAAAUAUCAAUUCCAGUUACUGUGACCUUGGAGACCAUUCCUUUGACUGCAUCCGAGAAUGACGAUUACGUUCCUAAGAGAGUUGAAGUUACUCUACAACCUGGGGAAAAGAAACCAAAAACCGUUGAAAUAGACGUUAUUGAUGAUCUGUUGGUAGAAAAAACUGAGGAAUUCCAAGUUGGCGUGGUAGCCUCCAGCAUGCCAUCGGUUACAUGGGGAGAUCCAAUUUCCGUUAAUGUCCUGGAUAAUGACGGAGUGAUCCAAUUUACUAGAACAUCCUAUAACGUGAACGAGGAUGAACAGGCGGAAGUGGAAAUUGAAUUCGCCAGUGCUGGAAUAAGUUCACCUGUGACCGUUCAGCUAAGAACUAGGCCAGGGACGGCUGGAAAUAAUGAUUUUAAAGCAAAGACUGUUGAUGUUACGUUUGAGCCUUGGGAAACGGGACCGAAAACUGUACUGUUUGAUAUAAUUGAUGAUCCUUUAGUAGAAUCAGAAGAAACCUUUUAUGUUGAUUUUGCAUCGUCUACGGCGCCUUCCAUUAAUUUGGGCCGACCGGCAGCAAUUAAUAUCAGGGAUAACGAUGAGGCCAUUAUUGCUUUUACAAAACCUGUUUAUGAGGUAAAGGAAGAUCAAAAGGCUGUCGUUAGUGUAAAGGUUGCAGAGGGGCAAAUAGAUGGUCCCGUCACAGUUCGGAUGGCAGCAACGCCAUCAACAGCAACUGAGGCAGACUUCGUUCCAGAAGAAUUUGAAAUCACAUUUGCACCUGGUGAAACUGGUCCCAAGUCAGUCGAAAUCGAUGUUCGAAAUGAUGAUUUACUUGAGAAUACGGAACCCUUUUCAGUGUCUCUCGUUUCAUCAUCUGUCCCUGCUGUUAAAUUAGGCAACCCUUCCACAGUGAAUAUUUUGGAUGAUGACGAAGUCAUCGUUGGUUUCACAAAACCUGUGUAUACUGCAAAUGAGAAUGAAAAAGCAAGAGUGGAAGUAGUACUUGCUGAUGACACGGCCGGCAUCCCCGUCACAGUUCGGCUUCAAACUAGUCCCUCGACAGCUGGAACAAGUGAUUAUUCUGGUGGGCCAUGGGAGAUCACGUUUCAGCCAGGCGAAACUGGACCAAAAUCGAUCGAUAUUGAUAUUGUUGAUGAUCAACUGUUGGAAGAUGAAGAAUCGUUCAUAGUUUUCCUAACACCAUUAACACCAGGAGUUAAAGUUAAAGAUCCUGCGUCUGUAAAAAUCAUAGAUAAUGAAGUUGCCCCGAUAUGCGGAACACCACAAGAUGAUUGUCACAGAUAUGCCACGUGCACCGACACAGGUCCGGGAAGAUAUUCAUGUACUUGUAAUGAAGGAUUUACUGGGAAUGGAAAAACCUGUUUAGCCAUCGAUAUGUGCGCAACUGGCGCUCAUGAUUGCCAUUCUGAUGCAACAUGCGUCAACACAGGUCCUGGGACUUUUAUGUGUUCUUGUAAUGAAGGCUUCACAGGAAAUGGAAAAAGUUGUGAAGAGUUGCCUGCUGUCCAAGCAAAAUGUCGGAAGAUGGAUCUUAUCAUGGUACUCGACAGAUCGUCAAGUAUCCGUCCCGCUGACUACGAACAUAUGCGCGACUUCUUAAUUGAGCUUGGCAAAUCCCUAAAAAUUGGGGAGAGAGAUGCGCAAGGGGACGUCAUUGGUCAAGGUGCUAUCGUUACAUUCAGCGAGAGGGGUACUGUAAGAAUAACACUGAAGGGAAGUCAAAAACCUGGUGCAUUUGAAAAAGCUGUAAGGAAUAUGCCAGGCCCGCUGCCAGGGGGUCGUACAAAAACUCACAGAGGCUUAGCUUUGGCUGAUAAAGAAAUCCUCACAUCGGAAGCUGGCUUGCGAACGAAUGAUCCAGAUGUUGCAAAAAUCUUUAUGGUUAUAACUGAUGGAAAGCAGACUAAGGAGUCACGAAGAAGAGGUUAUAAAUAUGUUGGAGAAGCUAUGGAACCAUUUCAUGCCCGUGGUUAUUUGGACGUUUUUGCUGUUGGUGUUGGUUUAAAGAGAGAUAGCGAAGUCAAAGAAGUCAAAGAUAUGGUAAAACACGCAAGUAAUGCCAUUCUGGCGGAAAAUUAUAAGGAACUAACAGAAACCGUUGAAAAGUUUUUGAAGAGAUUCUGUCCAGCUCCAACAGUAUGUGGGACAGAAAACGAUGAUUGUGAUAAAAAUUUAGCGACAUGUACAGAUACAGAACCUGGGUCAUAUCGAUGUACAUGUAAUGAUGGCUAUGUUGGAAAUGGAAAGAAAUGUGUUGCUCCAUAUGUUUGUGCCACUUUAAGAGAUGACUGCCAUCCAUACCUUGCAACAUGUACCGACGUUGGAGAUGGAAAUUAUAAUUGUAAAUGUGUGGAACAUUAUACUGGAGAUGGAAAAACUUGUGCAGCGACAAAGAUCUGUGGGACAGAAAGAGAUGAUUGCCAUGAACACGCAACUUGUACUGAUACUGGUCCUGAUAGCUACAAAUGCCGUUGCAACACGGGCUACGUUGGAGAUGGAAAGAUGUGUGAAGUUGAACAAAUAUGCGGCACUCCCAAAGAUGAUUGCCAUGAGUUUGCAUCUUGUGAAGACACAGGCCCAGGAAAAUAUAAAUGCACCUGUAAUUCAGGGUACACUGGCGAUGGAAAAUCGUGUGCAGGAAUCAAAAUAUGCGGAACACCACAAGAUGACUGCAGUGAAUUUGCUACAUGUGCCGACACAGCACCUGGAACCUUCACGUGUACCUGUAACAAAGGUUAUCGUGGGGAUGGAAAGACUUGCGAAGAAAUCAAUAUAUGUGGAACACCACAAGACGACUGCAGUGAAUUUGCUACAUGUGCUGACACAGGACCAGGAACCUACACGUGUACCUGUAAUGAAGGAUACACCGGUGAUGGAAAAACUUGCGAAGAAAUCAAAAUAUGUGGAACACCACAAGACGACUGCAGUGAAUAUGCUACAUGUGCUGACACAGGACCUGGAACCUACACGUGUACCUGUAUAGAAGGAUACACUGGUGAUGGAAAAGUUUGUAACGAAAUCAGAAUAUGUGGAACACCGCAAGACGACUGCAGUGAAUUUGCUACAUGUGCUGACACAGGACCUGGGAGCUAUACUUGUACCUGUAACAAGGGAUAUACCGGAGAUGGGAAAACAUGUGAAGAAAUCCAGGUUUGUGGAACUCCACAAGACGACUGCAGUGAAUAUGCUAUAUGUACCAACACUGGUCCUGAAACCUAUACUUGCACGUGCAAGGAAGGAUAUAGUGGAGAUGGAAAAAGCUGUAAAGGCGUUGUAGUCGAGUUUACAAGGCGAAACUAUGGCGGCAAAGAAGGCGGGUCUGCAUUGCCUGAAAUUGUUGUACGUUUGGGUGAUAUUAUCGAGCCGAUAACUAUACGCGUAACAAAAACUCCUAAAACAGCCGGAAACAAAGAUUAUGAUCCUCAACCAGUGGAUAUCACAUUUCAACCAGGCGAAACAGGACCAAAGUCGAUUCCAAUUAACUUAGUGGACGACGAUGUCGCUGAACCCAACGAAGAAUUCACCAUCACCCUGUCAUCUUCGUCACCUGGAGUUACUGUGGGAGAACCUGCGACUGUGAUCAUUAAAGAUAAUGACAAAUCAACACCAUGCAAAACAAAAGCUGACCUCAUCUUUGUACUCGAUAGAUCUGGUAGUAUAUCUCCAACAGAUUACGAUAAAAUGCGCGAAUUUGUUAAAAAAGUAGGAAAAGAAAUAAAAGUCGGCGAAAGAAAUGAAAAAGGGGAAAUCAUUGGACAAGCCGCCAUAGUUACCUUUAGUGAAUUAGGAGAGAAAAGACUAACGUUAGCAGAAAGCCAAGAUUCAAAGAAAUUCUAUGACACAGUAACUAAAAUGCCUGGACCUUUGCUACGCGGCCGAACAAAAACACAUCGUGGCUUAAAUAUUGCAGAUAAAGAAAUUGCUAUUAAAGAAGCUGGGUAUCGGGAGGAUGAUCCAGAUGUUCAGAAAAUGCUAAUGGUUAUCACAGAUGGGGAACAAACUAAAGAAUCAGUUCGACGAGGAUACGUUUAUGUUGGGGAUGCAAUGAAAACUUUCUUCAAUAGAAAUAUGAAUGUCUUUGCGAUUGGUGUUGGACUCGAAAAUGAAGAUGCAAAGAACCAAGUUAGAGAUAUGGUAGAAUAUCCAGAAAACGCAAUUCUUGCUGCUAACUUUAGUGAUCUACUCCAGAAAUUUGAACUCAUUAUCAAGAAAUUUUGCCCAGUAUCUGAUACUUGUGGAACACCAGAAGACGACUGCCAUGAAUUUGCUACAUGUGCCGACACAGGUCCUGGAACCUACACCUGCACCUGUAACGAAGGAUAUACGGGAGAUGGAAAAACUUGUGAAGAAAUCAAAAUGUGUGGAAAUCAGGACGACUGUAGUAGAUUUGCGACGUGUACUGAAGUAUGGCCUGACUCCUACGCUUGCGUUUGUAAAGAAGGAUAUACCGGAGAUGGCAAAACCUGCGAAGAGAUUAUAAUAUGUGGCACUCCAUUGGAUGACUGCAGUGAAUUUGCUACAUGUGCCAACACAGGACCUGGAACCUACAGUUGUACCUGUAAUGAAGGAUAUACCGGAGAUGGAAAAACUUGCGAAGAAAUCAAAAUAUGUGGAACACCGCAAGAUGACUGCAGUGAAUAUGCUACAUGUGCUGACACAGGACCUGGAACCUACAGUUGUACCUGUAAUGAAGGAUACACUGGUGAUGGAAAAACAUGCGAAGAAAUCAAUAUAUGUGGGACACCUCGAGAUGACUGCAGUGAAUUUGCUACAUGUGCUGACACAGGACCUGGAACCUACACGUGUACCUGUAAUGAAGGAUACACUGGUGAUGGAAAAACAUGCGAAGAAAUCAAAAUAUGCGGAUCACCACAAGACGACUGUAGUGAAUUUGCUACAUGUGCUGACACAGGACCUGGAACCUACACGUGUACCUGUAAAGAAGGAUACACUGGUGAUGGAAAAACGUGCGAAGAAAUUAAAAUUUGCGGAACUUCUGAAGAAGACUGCAGUGAAUAUGCUACAUGUGUACACACUGGUCCUGGAACUUAUAAAUGCAACUGCAAUGAAGGAUAUUAUGGCGAUGGAAAAACUUGCAAAGGUGUUGUUGUCCAGUUUAAGGAGAAAGUGUAUGGUGGCAAAGAAGGCGAGUCAGCAUUACCUGAAAUUGUUGUAACACCUGGCUAUCUUACCGCGCCGAUAACCAUACGUGUUACAAAAACUCCAAAAACAGCAGGAAACGAAGAUUUUGAGCCUCAAACUGUUGAUGUUAUAUUUGAACCUGGCAAAACUAUGUCGAAGUCGAUUCCAAUUGACUUAGUGGACGACGAUGUCGUUGAACCCAACGAAGAAUUCACCAUCACCCUAUCAUCUUCGUCACCUGGAGUUACUGUGGGUGAACCUGCGACUGUGAUCAUUAAAGAUAAUGACAAAUCAACACCAUGCAAACCAAAAGCUGACCUCAUCUUUGUACUCGAUAGAUCUGGUAGUAUAUCUCCAACAGAUUACGAUAAAAUGCGUGAAUUUGUUAAAAAAGUAGGAAAAGAAAUAAAAGUCGGCGAAAGAAAUGAAAAAGGGGAAAUCAUUGGACAAGCCGCCAUAGUUACCUUUAGUGAAUUAGGAGAGAAAAGACUAACGUUAGCAGAAAGCCAAGAUUCAAAGAAAUUCUAUGACACAGUAACUAAAAUGCCUGGACCUUUGCUACGCGGCCGAACAAAAACACAUCGUGGCUUAAAUAUUGCAGAUAAAGAAAUUGCUAUUAAAGAAGCUGGAUAUCGGGAGGAUGAUUCAGAUGUUCAGAAAAUGCUAAUGGUUAUCACAGAUGGGGAACAAACUAGAGAAUCAGUUCGAAGAGGAUACGUUUAUGUUGGGGAUGCAAUGAAAACUUUCUUCAAUAGAAAUAUGAAUGUCUUUGCGAUUGGUGUUGGACUCAAAAAUGAUGAUGCAAGGAACCAAGUUAGAGAUAUGGUAGAAUAUCCAGAAAACGCAAUUCUUGCUGCUAACUUUAGUGAUCUACUCCAGAAAUUUGAACUCAUUAUCAAGAAAUUUUGCCCAGUAUCUGACAUAUGUGGAACACCACUAGACGACUGCAGUCCAUUUGCUACAUGUGCCGACACAGGACCUGGAACCUACACGUGUACCUGUAACGAAGGAUAUACGGGAGAUGGAAAAUUUUGCGAAGCGAUCAAAAUAUGUGGAACACCACAAGACGACUGCAGUGAAUUUGCUACAUGUACUAAUACAGGACCAGGAACCUACACGUGUACCUGUAAUGAAGGGUACACUGGGGAUGGAAAAACUUGUGAAGAAAUCAAAAUAUGUGGAACACCACAAGAAGACUGCAGUGAAUUUGCUACAUGUGCUGACACAGGACCUGGAACCUACAAGUGUACCUGUAAUGAAGGAUACACUGGGGAUGGAAAAACAUGCAAAGCAAUCAAAAUAUGUGGAACACCGCAAGACGACUGCAGUGAAUUUGCUACAUGUACUGACACAGGACCUGGAACCUACACGUGUACCUGUAAUGAAGGAUACACUGGUGAUGGAAAAACCUGCGAAGGAAUCAAUGUUUGUGGAACUCCACAGGAGGAUUGCAGUGAAUAUGCAAAAUGUACUGAUACAGGACCUGGAACAUAUGUUUGCACCUGUAACGAAGGAUACACUGGAGACGGGAAAACAUGCGAAGAAAUCAAAAUAUGCGGAACUCCACAAGAUGACUGCAGUGAAUUCGCAACAUGCGCUAAUACAGGACCCGGGAAAUAUAGUUGCACUUGCAAAGAAGGAUACACUGGAGAUGGAAAAACCUGUGAAGAAAUCAAAAUAUGCGGAACACCACAAGAAGACUGCAGUGAAUUUGCUACAUGUGCUGAUACAGGACCUGGAACCUACAAGUGUACCUGUAAUGAAGGAUACACUGGUGAUGGAAAAACUUGCGAAGCAAUGAAAAUAUGUGGAACACCACGGGAUGACUGCAGUGAAUUUGCUACAUGUGCUGACACAGGACCUGGAACCUACACGUGUACCUGUAAAGAAGGAUAUACUGGUGAUGGAAAAACUUGCGAAGUAAUGAAAAUAUGUGGAACUCCACGGGAUGACUGCAGUGAAUUUGCUACAUGUGCUGACACAGGACCUGGAACCUACACGUGUACCUGUAAUGAAGGAUACACUGGGAAUGGAAAAACAUGCAAAGGUGUAAUUAUCGAGUUUACUAAGAAAAUUUAUGGUGGUAGAGAGGGCAAGCCUGCUUACACUGACAUGGUUUUAACAUCAGGUGAUAUCUCCGUGCCUAUAACCAUACGUGUAACAAAAACUCCUAAAACAGCCGGAAACAAAGAUUACGAUCCUCAACCGGUGGAUAUCACAUUUCAACCAGGCGAAACAGGACCAAAGCGGAUUCCAAUUAACUUAGUGGACGACGAUGUCGCUGAACCCAACGAAGAAUUCACCAUCACCCUAUCAUCUUCGUCACCCGGAGUUACUGUGGGUGAACCUGCGACUGUUGUCAUUAAAGAUAAUGAUAAAUCAGCACCGUGCAAACCAAAAACAGACGUCAUCUUGGUACUCGACAGAUCUGGUAGUAUUUCACCAGCGGAUUACGACAAAAUGCGGGAAUUUGUUAAAGAAAUAGGAAAAGAAUUGAAAGUCGGCGAAAGAAAUGAAAAAGGAGAAAUCAUUGGACAGGCUGCCAUAGUUACCUUUAGUGAAGAAGGAGAGAAAAGACUAACGUUAGCAGAAAGCCAAGAUUCAAAGAAAUUCUAUGACACAGUAACUAACAUGCCUGGACCUUUAUCAGGCGGCCGAACAAAAACACAUCGUGGCAUAAAAGUUGCAGAUAAAGAAAUUGCUAUUAAAGAAGCUGGAUAUCGGGAGGAUGAUCCAGAUGUUAAGAAAAUGCUAAUGGUUAUCACAGAUGGGGAACAAACUAGAGAAUCAGUUCGAAGGGGAUACGUUUAUGUUGGAGAUGCAAUGAAACCUCUCUUCGAUAAAAAUAUGGAUGUUUUUGCGAUUGGUGUUGGACUCGACAAUGAUGAUGCGAAGAACCAAGUUAGAGAUAUGGUGGAAUAUCCAGAAAACGCUAUCCUUGCUUCUAACUUUAGUGAUCUCUUGCACAGAGUUGGAGGCAUCAUCAGGAAACUUUGUCCAGUUACUGACAUUUGUGGAACACCGGAAGAUUACUGCAGUCCAUUUGCUACAUGUGCUGACACUGGACCUGGAACCUACACGUGUACCUGCAACGAAGGAUAUACGGGAAAUGGAACAACUUGUGAAGCAGUUGAAAAAUGUGUUAGUCCGAAAGAUGAUUGCAGUGAGUUUGCUACAUGCACGAAUACUGGUCCAGGCAGUUAUAUUUGUACUUGCAAUUCUGGCUAUACUGGCGACGGAUACAAAUUUUGUAAAGAAAUCGAUGUAUGUGGAACACCGGAGGAUGACUGUAGUGAAUUUGCUACAUGCAAAAACACAGGUCCUGGGACUUACACCUGCACCUGUAACGAAGGAUACUCCGGGGACGGGAAAAUAUGCGAUGAAAUAAAGAUAUGUGGAACUCCGUUGGACGACUGCAGUGAAUAUGCUACAUGUUUGGACAUACAAGCGGGCAUCUACGAAUGUACCUGUAAUGAAGGAUAUACAGGGGAUGGAAAAACAUGUACAGAUAUCAACGAGUGUUUGACAGAUCCUUGUGACCCAAAUGCCCAGUGCACUGAUACUGCAGAUUCUUUUACAUGUACGUGUAACACAGGCUAUACAGGAAAUGGAUUUACUUGCACAAAUAUCGACGAAUGUACGGAAUUGAGUCCUUGUAGUGCCGAUGCGACCUGCAAUGACACUCCUGGUUCUUUCACGUGUUCUUGUAACACAGGUUUCACAGGAAAUGGACUAACAUGUGCAGACAUAAAUGAAUGUGAUGAUAACCCAUGUGACACAAACGCUAAAUGUGUAAAUACAGAAGGCAGUUAUGAUUGUGAUUGUAACUCUGGAUUCGCAGGAGACGGAAAUACCUGUCUUAAUAUUAAUGAGUGCGAAGAUAAUCCAUGCCAUACCCAUGCCACUUGCACAGAUACACUUGGCUCCUACAUGUGUACCUGUAAUGAAGGUUAUACCGGAGAUGGAAAAACGUGUGAAGAAAUCAAAAUAUGCGGAACACCACAAGACGACUGCAGUGAAUUUGCUACAUGUGCUGACACAGGACCUGGAACCUACACAUGUACCUGUAAUGAAGGAUACACUGGUGAUGGAAAAACAUGCGAAGAAAUAAAAAUAUGCGGAACACCACAAGACGACUGCAGUGAAUUUGCUACAUGUUCUAACACAGGACCUGGAACCUACUCGUGUACCUGUAAUGAAGGAUACACUGGUGAUGGAAAAACAUGCGAAGAAAUCAAUAUAUGUGGAACACCACAAGACGACUGCAGUGAAUUUGCUACAUGUGCUGACACAGGACCUGGAACCUACACGUGUACCUGUAAUGAAGGAUACACUGGUGAUGGAAAAACAUGCGAAGAAAUCAAAAUAUGUGGAACACCACAAGACGACUGCAGUGAAUUUGCUACAUGUUCUAACACAGGACCUGGAACCUACUCGUGUACCUGUAAUGAAGGAUACACUGGUGAUGGAAAAACAUGCGAAGAAAUAAAAAUAUGCGGAACACCACAAGACGACUGCAGUGAAUUUGCUACAUGUUCUAACACAGGACCUGGAACCUACUCGUGUACCUGUAAUGAAGGAUACACUGGUGAUGGAAAAACAUGCGAAGAAAUCAAAAUAUGUGGAACACCACAAGAAGACUGCAGUGAAUUUGCUACAUGUGCUGACACAGGACCUGGAACCUACUCGUGUACCUGUAAUGAAGGAUACACUGGGGAUGGAAAAACAUGCGAAGAAAUCAAAAUAUGUGGAACACCACAAGACGACUGCAGUGAAUUUGCCACAUGUUCUAACACAGGACCUGGAACCUACUCGUGUACCUGUAAUGAAGGAUACACUGGUGAUGGAAAAACAUGCGAAGAAAUCAAAAUAUGUGGAACACCACAAGACGACUGCAGUGAAUUUGCCACAUGUUCUAACACAGGACCUGGAACCUAUUCUUGUACCUGUAAUGAAGGAUACACUGGUGAUGGAAAAACAUGCGAACAAAUCAAAAUAUGUGGAACACCACAAGACGACUGCAGUGAAUUUGCUACAUGCGCUGACACAGGACCUGGAACCUACACGUGUACCUGUAAAGAAGGAUACACUGGUGAUGGAAAAACAUGCGAAGAAAUCGAUAUAUGUGGAACACCACAAGACGACUGCAGUGAAUUUGCUACAUGUUCUAACACAGGACCUGGAACCUACUCGUGUACCUGUAAUGAAGGAUACACUGGUGAUGGAAAAACAUGCGAAGAUAUCAAAAUAUGUGGAACACCACAAGACGACUGCAGUGAAUUUGCCACAUGUUCUAACACAGGACCUGGAACCUAUUCUUGUACCUGUAAUGAAGGAUACACUGGUGAUGGAAAAACAUGCGAACAAAUCAAAAUAUGUGGAACACCACAAGACGACUGUAGUGAAUUUGCUACAUGUGCUGACACAGGACCUGGAACUUACACGUGUACCUGUAAUGAAGGAUACACUGGUGAUGGAAAAACUUGCGAAGAAAUCAAAAUAUGCGGAACACCACAAGACGACUGCAGUGAAUUUGCUACAUGUUCUAACACAGGACCUGGAACCUACUCGUGUACCUGUAAUGAAGGAUACACUGGUGAUGGAAAAACAUGCGAAGAAAUCAAAAUAUGUGGAACACCACAAGAAGACUGCAGUGAAUUUGCUACAUGUGCUGACACAGGACCUGGAACCUACUCGUGUACCUGUAAUGAAGGAUACACUGGGGAUGGAAAAACAUGCGAAGAAAUCAAAAUAUGUGGAACACCACAAGACGACUGCAGUGAAUUUGCCACAUGUUCUAACACAGGACCUGGAACCUACUCGUGUACCUGUAAUGAAGGAUACACUGGUGAUGGAAAAACAUGCGAAGAAAUCAAAAUAUGUGGAACACCACAAGACGACUGCAGUGAAUUUGCCACAUGUUCUAACACAGGACCUGGAACCUAUUCUUGUACCUGUAAUGAAGGAUACACUGGUGAUGGAAAAACAUGCGAACAUAUCAAAAUAUGUGGAACACCACAAGACGACUGCAGUGAAUUUGCCACAUGUUCUAACACAGGACCUGGAACCUAUUCUUGUACCUGUAAUGAAGGAUACACUGGUGAUGGAAAAACAUGCGAACAAAUCAAAAUAUGUGGAACACCACAAGACGACUGUAGUGAAUUUGCUACAUGUGCUGACACAGGACCUGGAACUUACACGUGUACCUGUAAUGAAGGAUACACUGGUGAUGGAAAAACUUGCGAAGAAAUCAAAAUAUGCGGAACACCACAAGACGAUUGCAGUGAAUUUGCUACAUGUUCUAACACAGGACCUGGAACCUACUCGUGUACCUGUAAUGAAGGAUACACUGGUGAUGGAAAAACAUGCGAACAAAUCAAAAUAUGUGGAACACCACAAGACGACUGUAGUGAAUUUGCUACAUGUGCUGACACAGGACCUGGAACUUACACGUGUACCUGUAAUGAAGGAUACACUGGUGAUGGAAAAACUUGCGAAGAAAUCAAAAUAUGCGGAACACCACAAGACGAUUGCAGUGAAUUUGCUACAUGUUCUAACACAGGACCUGGAACCUACUCGUGUACCUGUAAUGAAGGAUACACUGGUGAUGGAAAAACAUGCGAACAAAUAAAAAUAUGCGGAACACCACAAGACGACUGCAGUGAAUAUGCUACAUGUGCUGACACAGGACCUGGAACCUACACGUGUACCUGUAAUGAAGGAUACACUGGUGAUGGAAAAACAUGCGAAGAAAUCAAAAUAUGUGGAACACCACAAGAAGACUGCAGUGAAUUUGCUACAUGUGCUGACACAGGACCUGGAACGUACAGUUGUACCUGUAAUGAAAGAUAUACUGGGGAUGGAAAAACUUGCGAAGAAAUCAAAAUAUGUGGAACACCACAAGAAGACUGCAGUGAAUUUGCUACAUGUGCUGACACAGGACCUGGAACCUACACGUGUACCUGCAAUGAAGGAUACACUGGGGAUGGAAAAACUUGCGAAGAAAUCAAAAUAUGUGGAACACCACAAGACGACUGUAGUGAAUUUGCAACAUGUGCUGACACAGGAUCUGGAACCUACUCGUGUACCUGUAAUGAAGGAUACACUGGGGAUGGAAAAACUUGCGAAGAACUACCAACUGUAACUUGCAAACCAAAAACAGACGUCAUCUUGGUACUGGACAGAUCUGGUAGUAUUUCACCAUCGGAUUACGACAAAAUGCGGGAAUUUGUUAAAGAAAUAGGAAAAGAAUUGAAAGUCGGCGAAAGAAAUGAAAAAGGAGAAAUCAUCGGACAAGCUGCCAUUGUUACCUUUAGUGAAGAAGGAGAGAAAAGAUUAACGUUAGCAGAAAGCCAAGAUUCAAAGAAAUUCUAUGACACAGUAACUAACAUGCCUGGACCUUUACUGCGCGGCCGAACAAAAACACAUCGUGGCUUAAAAAUUGCAGAUGAAGAAAUUGCUAUUAAAGAAGCUGGGUAUCGGGAGGAUGAUCCAGAUGUUCAGAAAUUGUUAAUGGUUAUCACAGAUGGGGAACAAACUAAAGAAUCAGUUCGAAGAGGAUACGUUUAUGUUGGGGAUGCAAUGAAACCUUUCUUCAAUAGAAAUAUGAAUGUCUUUGCGAUUGGCGUUGGUUUAGAGAAAAAGGAAGCAAUUGACGAAGUAAAAGAUAUGGUUGAGAUUCCAGAAAAUGCCAUACUACCUGCUAACUUUAGUGAUCUACUUCACAGAGUGGAAAAUAUUAUCAAGAAGUUCUGUCCUGAAUUGCCAAUAUGUGGAACACCGCAAGAUGACUGCAGCGAAUUUGCUACAUGUGGUGACACAGGUCCUGGAACCUACAGUUGUACCUGUAAUGAAGGGUAUACCGGAGAUGGAAAAACUUGCGAAGAAAUUAAAAUAUGUGGAACACCACAAGAAGACUGCAGUGAAUUUGCUACAUGUGCUAACACAGGACCUGGAAGUUACUCGUGUACCUGUAAUGAAGGAUACACUGGUGAUGGAAAAACAUGCGAAGAAAUCAAAAUAUGUGGAACACCACAAGACGACUGCAGUGAAUUUGCUACAUGUGCUGACACAGGACCUGGAACCUACACGUGUACCUGUAAUGAAGGAUACACUGGGGAUGGAAAAACUUGCGAAGAAAUCAAAAUAUGUGGAACACCACAAGAAGACUGCAGUGAAUUUGCUACAUGCGCUGACAUAGGACCUGGAACCUACACGUGUACCUGUAAUGAAGGAUACACUGGUGAUGGAAAAACUUGCGAAGAAAUCAAAAUAUGUGGAACACCACAAGAAGACUGCAGUGAAUAUGCUACAUGUGCUGACACAGGUCCUGGAACCUACAGUUGUACCUGUAAUGAAGGAUAUACCGGAGAUGGAAAAACUUGCGAAGAAAUUAAAAUAUGUGGAACACCACAAGAAGACUGCAGUGAAUAUGCUACAUGUGCUGACACAGGACCUGGAACCUACUCGUGUACCUGUAAUGAAAGAUACACUGGUGAUGGAAAAACAUGCGAAGAAAUCAAAAUAUGUGGAACACCACAAGACGACUGUAGUGAAUUUGCUACAUGUGCUGACAUAGGACCUGGAACCUACGUGUGUAGCUGUAAUGAAGGAUACACUGGUGAUGGAAAAACGUGCGAAGAAGCAGGUAUUUGCGGAACACCACAAGAAGACUGCAGUGAAUUUGCUACAUGCGCUGACACAGGACCUGGAACCUACACUUGUACCUGUAAUGAAGGAUACACUGGCGAUGGAAAAACUUGCGAAGAAAUAAAGAUAUGUGGUACCGACAGAGAUGAUUGUAAUGAGUAUGCUGUAUGUAAAGAUACAAGCCCUGGCCAAUAUUCCUGUACUUGUAUUCAAGGUUACACCGGAGAUGGGAAGAAUUGCGAAGGCCCUCCAAUAUUCGGUCCUGUCUUGUUUGAAGUCACUCCGGAAAGUCCCUCAACUAUAAGUGCAGCGUGGCGACCACCAGCCGAAAUCAUUGAAAUUAUCGACUACUCAGUCUGCUACAAAGAUAUCAAUAACGGAGAGGAAGCGUGCAUUACUACAAAACCUACUACCCCAGACGGCCCUGUUGAGAUUGAAUUCACGGAUCUAAAUGAAGACACAACCUACGAGGUGGUUGUGAGGGCAAGAAACGAAACUGGUUUUGGUCCACCAUCAAAUAUUAUGAAUGUGAAAACAAAAGCCUUAGAUAUCGAAAAAUGCGAUAAAAAGACAGAUACCAUUUUCGUCGUGGAUAGAUCAGCGAAAAUCAGUGAACGGGCUUAUAAUAAGAUUCGGGCAUUUAUACUCGGUGUUCAAAAACGGCUUCGAAUUGGUGUAAAGGACGAAAAGAAAGAAAUAAUCGGACAAGGUGCUAUAGUGACAUUCAGUAAUGAAGGUCAAAAGAUUAUUACUCUAAGAGAGAGCAGAACUCCAGGAAGAUUUGCUAAGGCUGUGAGAUCCAUGCCCGGUCCAUUAUCUGGUGGAACGACUAAAACUCAUCGUGGUCUGAAAGUUGCUUAUGGUCAAGUAGCUGUAGUGAGCGAAGGCUUACGUGCUCAUGAUGACAGCGUUCACAAAGUGGUUGUAGUGAUCACCAACGGUCAGCAGACACGUGAAAAGAAUGGUUAUGUAUAUGUUGGCGAUGCAGUAAGACCGUUUUUCAAACGUGGCAUAGAUGUUAUUACAAUUGGUAUUGAAAUGGAAAAUGCAAGAGAUCAACUUAACGAUAUGGUCCGAAUACCUGAAAAUGCUUUCUUAGUGAAUCACCACAGUAAUCUGAGUUCUGUUAUGAAGAACGUAGUAUCACGAAUCUGCCCAAAAACCAAGAUAUGUGGUACACCUCAGGAUGAUUGUCACAGAUUUGCUACCUGCUUCGACACCGCCCCUGGAGAGUAUAAGUGUAUCUGUCGCGAAGGAUAUUUUGGAAAUGGAAAAGAAUGCGCAGAGAAAAAAUGUAAAUUCGAUAUCGGAUUCCUUAUUGAUUCAUCGUCAAGCAUGCGUCAUUGUAACUACGACAAGCAAAAGGAUUUGGUGAAGCAUAUUGCAGAACAGUUCCAAGUAGAGCCAGAUAAGAGCCACGCUAGUGUUAUCGUAUAUAGUGACAACGCCGCCAUGUACAAAAAAUUCAAUGCGUUUAAAGAACUAAAUGAUUUCAAGAUGCUUGUGAAUGAACUACCCAUGGUUGAAGGAGCGACACACUUGGAUAAAGCUCUCCAAACGGCUGCAUCACAAAUGUUCACUGCUAGGAAUGGCAUGAGAGAUUCUACGGUACCAAAAUUACUGUUUCUGUUAACAGACGGCGCGCAAUCGGCGACGUCAAUUACUACACCUUUGCAAGAAAUAGCCUCUUCGUUACAUAAACAGAAUAUUAGAAUUAUUGUGAUUGGAGAAGGCGAGGCUGACGAGCAGCAGUUACAGCCACUUGUACAAUCCACUGCUGACUUAUUGAUAGUCAAAGAAUUUAAUGAAGCUACCGAAAAAAUAACUAACUUUGCAGAAAACAUGUGUUCAGUCGGCCACUGUUCCCAUAUGGAAAAAAGGGUUCCGGUCAGGAUUGAUCAAUGUGUAAGCUCAAAACCAAUAAAGAUCGGUUCGUGUAUGGGCAAGUGUGCAAGUGGUCCUAACUUCCGACAAACACAAGGUAUUUUCAAAAUGGACUGCCAGACAUGUAAACCUGGUGGGUAUGCAAUAAAAACAGUGAUCUUAACCUGCCCCGGAAACAAGAAAAGACCCUUCCAAAUCAAAGAACCAACGUCAUGUAUUUGUGAAAAGUGUCCAUGGAGAAAAAUUUUAUAACAAGAAUUUUAGAAUACAGAUUUACAGGUUAUACCAUCAGCUAUAGCUUGUAUACUUAUUCUAGAAUAAGGAAUGAUAUACUUUACUGAAGUAAAUACUGCUACAUAUAUGUGUUAAAGAGAAGACGGUUUGUGUCUUUAUGAUAUUAGAUAUGGUUCUAACAAAUAAAUUUAUAAAAAUAGAACAACAAAGUUGGAGAAAUGAAGGAUAACUGGAAGAUACAUACUACCAUAUAUAGUAAAGAUUUUAUGAUAUAAAUUAAUAAAUA